GACCAUUCACCAGACUUUUUGGACCACUUACCCAAAACGAAGAAUGAUUUGUAUAGGACAUGUUUGUACAGCCAAACGCGAAAAGGCGAAGUCUUCGGAAAGGAGACGGGAUGUCCUGAUUAGGAAUCCCGCUACCCCAGACCCCACCUCAUGCGGGGAUUGAUGUUAAAUAUCGGCCAGGAACCAUAAAGUCUGCAAUUGCGCUAUCAAUGAUCUCAUGAAUGCUGCUACCGCCGCACUCAGCUCUACCACGACAUCCCUGUCAGGCCAUCACCGGGAGAAGAUACUCACUCACUCACCACCAGAGCAAAUCAUCGCACAAACAUCUCCACGCAAUCAUGGCAACAGCUGAAGCCACGCCCGCGCCAGCCGCAAAGGAAACAUUCCACCUGAUCAACGACCCCUCAGAAGCCAUCAACGAAGCCAUGUCCGGCCUAACCACGCUCCACCCCACCCUCUCCUAUUCCGCAAAGCACAAAAUCACAUAUCGCAGCGACAUCGCAACCUUCAGGGAGAACCACGUCACAACAAUCGGAUUCGCUGGCGGUGGGCACGAACCCAUGUUCACCGGCUUCGUCGGCCCCUCAUACCUCACCUGCGCCGUCUCAGGCACAAUCUUCGCCUCCCCGACCGCCGCCCAAAUCCUCGCCGCCAUCGCCCUCUGCCAGCCCCACCCCGCCACCUCCCCCGGCACCCUCCUCGUCUGCGGCAACUACACAGGCGACAUCCUCAAUGCCGGACUCGCCGUCACGCGCGCCCAGGCCCUCGGGUACCGCGUCAGAUUCGUUCCUGUCGGCGACGACGUGGCUGUCGGAAGGGCGCAAGGGGGGAGGGUGGGGAGGAGGGGACUGGCGGGGCAUCUUGUUGCGUUGAAGGUGGUGUGUGGGAUGGCGGAUGAGGGGGUGGGGUUGGAAGAGGUGGGGCGUGUGAUGGAGGGUGUUGUGGGGGAUGUAGGGACUGUGGGGGUGGGGUUUGAUCGGGUGGGGUUGCCGACGGGGGUUGUUGGGGGACUGCCUGUUUUGCCGGGAGAGACGGUGGAGCUGGGGAUGGGAGCGCAUGGGGAGCCGGGGCUGGAGAGGAUGAGUCCUGUGCCGUUGGUGGGGGAGCUGGUGGGGAGGAUGGUGGGGUUGUUGACGGAUGUGGGGGAUGGGGAUAGGGGGUUUAUCCCGUUUGAGAAGGCGAGGUAUGGGGAUGGGGAGGAGGGGGCGGAUAAUGCGGUUGUGCUGGUUGUGAAUUCGCUGGGGAGUACGGGGGAUGGGGUGUUGGCGGUGUUUGCGGGGGAAGGGGUGCGGGAGUUGAGGGGGAGGGGGUUUCGGGUUGAGAGGGUGGUGAUGGGGCCGUUGGUGACGAGCUUGAAGAUGAGUGGGGUGGGGAUGACGGUUUGGAGGCUGCCGGUUGGGGAGGGGGUGUUGGGUGCUGCUGAGGCGCUGAGGUUGUGGGAUCGGAGGGUUGAUGUUGUUGCGUGGAGGCAGUAGGUUGGGAGUGUUGCUGUGGGGUCAAGGGGUGCUUGAUGUGUCGUGUUAUACAUCGGUUCUUGUGGGUUGUGUUGUGCUGGAAUGGCAGUAGACUGAGAAAGAUCUCGAUGCAAGUGAUUCAUGAAGCCUAUCAGUUGAUUAGCUCUUUCGUGCGAUUGCACAGCUGGAACAAUCGACCUCGCCUAAAUUUUAGAUUUUUCAUAACCCCUUUAUAGAGCUCAAGGUACAAGUCCCAAACGUUGCACCCGACUCAAGAUAGCAUUGAAC